CGCCGCCUUGUCAGUAGCAGUCGAUUACGUGCGCUCGUGCAGUGUUUGUGUGUCGUCGACCACGAUAUCUGUGUUUGUGUUUGUUGUAGCGAUUGUGUGUUUAUACAAAUUCUACCGUGCGCACAUCGAAAUCGUUAAUCGGUUAAAGCGAGCGGUUAAACGCACACGCGUUGCAUUACUAUUAUCGGUCGGCGUGCAUCCGUCGCGGAUAUCAUUUUUUGAUAAUAUUCCCUAGGUACGCCGUACUUGUGUGUAUGUGUUUUGCGCACGCGUGUGCCGUCCGCCUUCGGUUCGUACUUGAAAUAUACCGUACACCGCACGAGUUUUCAACACUGUGGGCGCAAGCCGCAGUCAAAACAUUAGUUUCGUUUUAACACCUUUUUUUUUUUUUGUUUUUUUGGACUUGCACACAUGGGUUUUUUUUAAAUACACGUACCGCGUCGCCGUCAUGCCGGUCGAUCCGUCGCCAGUCUCGACGGUCACAGCCGCCGCCGCCGCCAUCCACUAGAGUCACCGCAGUGUGAUAUCGUCACACAGGCGAGCAGCUGCUGUCUCUGCUAUUUUUUUUUUUCCGAUUUUAUUUGAUCGGCCGUAAUCGCGGCAUACCGCACACGUUAACGAUAUUAUUAUAAUAAUAACAGUAGUGCCGGUAGUAAAGUUUUUUUCCUCGUCGUCCCCGGUUCGGUAAUUCGAUUUUUUAUCACUGAUAACACCACGCCGCAUAAUGUCGGCCGACGGCGACGAUAGUAAUCACAGUUGCUAUUGUUGUUAUCACCAUUGCCGUGUUUCGGGUCCGAAGUGAAAACAACACGGACGCGGUGCGCGCCCCGACGGAUCCACCGAUGCCGGCCAGUGGCCGCGGGCCGGCGGACGCCACGACCGUGGCCGCCGCAGCCGCCGUUGUGGCUGCGGCCGCCAAAAAGACGCCCGAGAGCGGCGACGAGUCCGAAGAAGAGAGCGAAAUCCUCGAGGAGAGUCCGUGCGGCCGUUGGCUGAAAAGGCGCGAAGUCGUGGAACAACGGGAUGUUCCGGGUAUCGAUUGCGCGUACUUGGCCAUGGACACCGAGGAAGGGGUGGAGGUGGUGUGGAACGAGGUACAGUUCUCCGAACGCAAGAACUACAAGGCGCAGGAAGACAAGAUCCGGCAGGUGUUCGAGAGCUUGACGCAACUUCAACAUCCCAACAUCGUCAACUUCCAUCGGUAUUGGACGGACACCCACAACGACAAACCCCGCGUCAUUUUCAUCACAGAGUACAUGUCUUCUGGCUCGCUGAAACAGUUCCUAAAACGCACCAAACGCAACGUGAAGAAAAUCUCGUUGACCGCUUGGAAACGGUGGUGCACGCAGAUCCUAUCUGCCCUAAGUUACUUGCAUUCAUGUUCACCGCCCAUCAUCCAUGGGAAUCUGACCUGUGACACGAUAUUUAUCCAACACAAUGGACUCGUGAAAAUAGGAUCAGUGGCACCGGACACCAUACACGUUCACAUCAAGACCUGCCGGGAAAACAUGAAAAACAUGCAUUUCAUCGCACCCGAAUGCGGAAACUCUGUCACGCCGGCCAUCGACAUCUACGCGUUCGGCAUGUGCGCGCUGGAAAUGGCCUCGCUGGAAAUACAGGGCAACGGCGACAGCGGUACGCUGGUCACGCAGGACCACAUCAACCGCACCGUCGAGUCGCUGGACGACCCGCUGCAGAAAGACCUGAUCUAUCAGUGUCUGACGGCCGAUUUCCAAAACAGACCGUCGGCCAGGAACCUGCUCUUUCACCCGGUGCUGUUCGAGGUGCACGCGUUAAAAUUGCUCGCGGCCCACGCUCUAGUUAAGACUGAACAUUUCGCCGACCGGCUGUCCGACGAGGUGUACCCCCCCGACACCGUGAUGGCCGAAAUCGCGCACGAAAACGACCCCGGCCGGGCCGCACACGUGAAAAUGGGCGACGUGCCCGACAGCAACAAACUGGAAAAGUUCGUCGAGGACGUCAGGUUUGGCAUAUACCCGUUGACGGCGUACGCGUUGGAAGCCGGGCCCGUGCGGUUGACCAACUAUCAACCGCAAAGCCCGACCGGUUCAAUGGACCAGUCGAUCCAGUCGGACAGGAUCAGCGUUGGGCCGUUAGACGUGGAAGUCAGGCGCGUCGUCAACAUGAUGUGCAACAUCAAACCCAGGGACGACGCACAAAAUGACUUUACGAUGACGAUUUUGCUACGAAUGGAUGAUAAGAUGAAUCGACAACUGACGUGUUCCAUCACAGACGCGGACACGGCUUCGUCUCUUUCGCAGGAACUCGUUCAUUUUGGCUUUAUAAAUGAAGCCGACAAGGAUAAAAUCUACGUGAUCAUCGAAGAGACGCUCGCCGAGGGACCGCAAUACAAACGGGAACAGUCAGCCGAACCGACGAUUCUCGCCAACAAUCCGCCCAAACUGCAAAAGCAAUCCGCCGCGAACGCCGUCGGCUGUGCCUCGACGGUUGCGUCUUCGCUCAGGCCUAGCGUCAUUCGUUCUCCCGUCAAACGAGACGGCAGUUAAUAAUAGCUAUGUGGCCAACACCACAACGUUGGCCACUCGGUUUCGUUUGUUUCGUGUUGCCUAACAGCUAAAACGUUUACAGAUUCGUCGUUUAUAAUUCGUUUCUUCCGCGUUAAUGUAUAACGAUUAAUAAUCAACAAAACUAAUUCCCCUCCUUUCGCGGCCAUUGUUAAUUUGAUCGUGUCAUCGUCGUGCCGUACGCGUGUCUGCGUACGGCAAAGCCGAAUCAAACGCUACCAUCCAAAAUAUAUAUAUAUAUAUACCGGAAUAUAUGUUUAGUUUAUAUAAUAAGCUUUUUUUUUUUUUUUUUACCGAAUUAGUUACACGUGAUUAAAGCAAAGUAAAAGAGUAAAAACCUCGUAUGUUAUCGUCGUUGGAGGUACAGCUUCAACAGCCCCAUCUACUUUUUAUUGUUGUUUAAAAAACGCAGUCAUUCCAUGAGAAACUUUUUUUUUUAUUAAAUUCACUCAAUGUGUUUUAUAAUAAUUAUUCUAUUCUAUUAUUAUUAUUAUUAUUAUUAUUAUUUUAUUAUUAUUAUUAUCAUUAUAAUUAUUAUAAUUAUUAAAUUUUUUUUUGUGCUUUUGUGCUUUUGCGCCAAGGGCGUUUCGAUAUUUGAUUUUGUUCACAAUCGUCGUUUAAAAAAUACUUAGUUGUUUUUUUCUCCUUAAAGUUCUUAUGUUCAGUUACCCCCAAAAUAGUAUCGUCCAAAAAAAUUACAAAACCAUUGUUUGUUUAAUAGGUCAUAAUUGACCUGCAUAUAAUUUCUAUUCUAUAUAUGUACAAUUAACUCGUUAUAUACCGAUUUAAAGCGCUGGCCUAACAACGGCACGUGGAUGAGUUUAAAAUGUGAUAUGUUUUUAAUUUGAGAAGAAAAAAAAAACAGAAAUAACAUUAUAGUUAUAAGCUUUAUUAUAUCCUACGAAUGAUUUUUGAAAACUGAUAAAUAUUAUGUGUAAAUUAUUAAUGAUGAAUUAAAAACUGUGAUACUU